AGACGCGAACCAACAGGGAGUAUUAACUGCGACUACAACAUGCGGUACCCCUAAUUGAGUGUGGUAGCGAUGAAAGGAGGACGCACAGUGUCUUGAGAGCAUCUUCUAGAGCUACUACAAAGCAGACAAGGAGCUGAGAAAUUUUUACAAUGAGAUUAUAGAUAAGCGAAAUACAACCAAGAACCAGUGCCGCCUGCGCAGCGCCAAUUUGUUUCUUGAACUUUUCGUGCUGCAGGGUUGUUGUUGAGAGGAAACAACUAUUGAGAACUAUCUUGCUGCGUGGCUCUACUUCUUAAUCUUACGACGUGGUUGCGCCACCAUGACAAAAACAUAGUUGUACUGGGAAAAAAUAGAGUGAGUACACAACAACUGGGCGUCAAGAAGAGCAGCAAACUAACUUCGUGACCUAUGGCAGCCGCAGCUAUGAAGAUGGGAGCUAAAGCACAAGUAGACCACCAAGCAAAAGCAUGAAAGCAUCAAGCUAGCACCGAAAAACCCAAAAUGAGUCGUUCGGGCUCGCCAAAGUCCUCGUCCGUCCGGGUUAAGGAGGAGGUUUCCGCUCCUGGAGGCAACGACGAAGAGGACGACUUUCUGGAUGACGACGAGGUUCUCGGUGGGGGGUUGCUGGACGAGAAUGAAGAAGACCUUCUCGGCGGCGGGUUGGAGAACGAUGGAGAAGCUGGUGUAGAUGACGACUUUGAUGCAGAAGCAGAAGGAGAGGAACAACCGCCGGCCGCAAUAAAGGAAGAGGCCGAGGAGAAUGAGGGUGACGACGACGACGCUUUCAUUAUACCUCCAAAUAAUCACGAGCGGGAGCCGUCUGGUAGCGGUUCUGUAUUACCGCCCGGAAAAAGACGAAAACUUGCAGAGGACGCGCAAGACGAUGAGAAUGUCCAUCAGGAGCUUCCGGCUGUCGGUAGAAGUACCCCAGGACGAGAUCACGACGACCCACAGCAACCGCAGUCCUCCGCAUCGUCGACAGCGAAGCAAAAUAAACUCCGCUCGACUUCCGUCGCACCUCCGGCUACUGAUAACAACAAGGCUGCGCCAGCUUUUACCAAAGCAGGACUCUUUUCAAAAAAGGAGAACAAUAAAGAAGGAAAAGCCACGACAUCUAACUCCGUGGACCUAAAAGACGUGCACAAGCUGACAAGACAGCAAAUCGAAUCGCUGAACGACGAGCGCGAGCUUUGGUACGAUUGGAGGGCGGUCGACAGGGAUGCUGAUAACAUCCUUCCCCCGCACGGGAUCGAGUACCUCAGUAUCCACAGUAAUUGAGCUUGUUCGUUUCGUCGUGACAUCAGUACACGUACAAAGAAAUAAUGACGAACCUUUAUUUAUUGCGACAUCAAUUAACCUUUUGCUGAACUACAUGUUCUAGCAUCACAAGUUUCCUUCUCUACUAGUGUGGCGAAAAUGAUCAGUCAUGCAAUUACAGUUUGUCGUUGUACGUGAUGUGUAUAUAAAUUUGUGUUGCAUACUGCGAAUCGAAAACUUCAAGUCCUACGGCGACCGGGUCACUGUGGGACCGUUCCAGCGGUUCACCUGCGUGAUCGGGCCCAACGGGAUAUCCUGUGCAAAAGUAUCGUACUCGUCAUAUUGCAAUCAUGCAUUACAAAUCCUUUUGCUAAGGUAAAUCCGCAUUACAAAUUUUAUUUCUCAUGCUGAGAAAAUUUGUAAUGCAUUUAUACGAGUGCGAUACUUUUGCAGUUCAUAUGGGAGCGGGAAGUCCAACGUCAUGGACGCGUUGUCGUUUGUGCUGGGCGUUAGUACAAAGGUAAUACCCGAUUAAGUAGUUCAAGAUGACAUUAUAAAUUCAAGGGUUUCCUGAUGGUGCUAGUCAAAGCGAUAUCUGCCUCGAUUGUACUCUCUCCUUUACGUUCUCCUGCAAGUUCUCGUUCUCCUGCAAGUUCUCGUUAUCGUGCAAGUUGAUGUAGUAGUAGUUCGUAUUGAUCCUGAAGUUAAUAUGGCAAAGACCUACUGGCUCUGGCUACUGCACUCCUAGGUUCUGCGGUCCAACAAUUUGAAGGAGUUGAUCCACCGCAAGCAGGGGGACGAGGGGUACGAUCCGACCAAGCCAUAUGGGAGUGUCAGGAUUGAAAUCGACAAAGUUGAAAUAACUUGUAAUGCAUAAAAUCGAUAUCAUUUGGAAGCCCAAUUUCUAAGCGGCGCAUGACAAAUUUUCGGAGCACUUGAAUCCGAUUUGUCAUGCUGUUUGGGCACAGAAGACUGCUUUUGUCAUGCUCCUUUAGCAGCUCUAUCCCAAACCCUAAAUAGGCUCACAAUCUGCCUCACUUACCCUCCCGGCAAGACAGGCACUUCAUGCCUUGCAUUUUAUACAUGACAAAUUGUUUCAACUUUGUCGAUUUCACUUCUGACACAUCCAUAAGCCAGCGCUCCGCGCCUCCGAGGUUUCCAUGGUGUUCAAGCACGACAACGGGCUGCGGUCCGUCUUCUGCCGGUGCAUCUCGAAGCAGGGGGUUUCUUCCUACUAUCUGAACGACGAGGACAAAACGGCGGUGGAGUACCUCGCCGCGCUGACGAAAGUCUAUAAAAGUGCACAACUCUCCCUCCCCCUCAUUUGUAUAGCAUGAACGGCAAUACAAGCAUCAGCCAGAAUGCCGGUUUUGCAUGACAGGUUCCCGCUGGAGUGUAGUGCUAUUUGGGCUGCCACCAGAACUUGUCAUGCAAAUAGUGCCACAAGGCAGCAACUAUAUUGGAGGUUUUGCAUGACAAAAAUGAGGGGGAGGGCGAGUUGUGCACUGUUAUAAAGUGAACAUUUUGUCCAAGGCCCGGAACUUUCUCGUUUUCCAGGGGGACAUCGACGGGCUCACGCGAAAGCAGGGGCAGGAGCUCACGAAGUUUUUCGAAACUAUCUCGGGGAGCGACUACUACCUAUCCUGUGCAAAAGUAUCGUAGUCGUACUAAUUGCAAAUAUGCAUGACAAAUCUCCUUCCUAAGGUAAAACAGCAUUACAAAUUCCACUUUUCUUCUUGCCAAAAUUUCUGAUGCAAUGUAUACUAGUACGAUACUUUUGCAAUGCAUACUACCGCGAGGAGUGCGACAACCUGCUGAAAAAACACCAAGAGGCCGAGGAAAGAUUGCGGCUGAAAAACACCGAGAAGCGAGAAGCCUUGGAAACCCAGAAAGACGUCGUCAAAAAGGCUGGGCAGGUAUAAAAGUUGCAGCUCUUCUUCUUACACUUACUUUCUACUUCCGAACGUGAGUGCUGCCGGCGUUAUUUGUCGCACACGACCAGCAGCACGACCAGGUAGAAGAUCAGUGUGUACUAGAAAGCUGUAGUUAUUUCAAUCCUCUCAAUAACUCCCUCAGAGUCAGUGAGGAGUUUCACCUCCUUGAUCUUUUCUUGACAUACCACAAGAACCAUUGUUGAGAAAUUCUUGUUAACAACGACAUACAUUUGAAUGCAUUUCCCGAAAAAGAUCUUCAUGAAGAUGAACACAAAGUCACGACACAUUCACAUACAAAAGGCGGAGCAAUACCUGACCCUGAAGCGUCGCAAGGACGAGGUGGAGAAGGACAACGCGCUUUUCCAGCUUUCCGUGUUGUACCAGAUGCGGUUGAAGCAUGACAAGGAUUUAUCCUGAUUAAAAACAUGGUCCCCACGUCGACCCCAUAGAUGGUUCUUAAGAUGGACGAGACUUUGCAACACAAAUUUGGGGAGUUUGAUGUACACAUGACAAGGUGCAGGCUGUAAUGUAGUGCCUGCAGUUGUAGUAUGGAUUGGAAAGGGAAGCCGAAUAAUAAUUCCACCUUUUAUCGUGUUUACAGCAUUACAAGUUCCAAAACACAGCUGGAAACGUUGCCUCUGAAGAACAUGGGGAUCAUGCGCGUUUCAACUGCUUCGGUACUUCUUCUUGCAAGGCUACACUACAAUUCUGGGGUGGGGAGGACGUUUUUGCCUCGGAUAGGAGUUGAAGGUGGAGGAAGCUAAGUUCGAAGAAUUGCGGGCCAAGUACCAAGACCAGUUUGCGAAACUGCAAGCGAAGAAUGAGGAGCAUGGCAAACUGGUGGUUGCACUGGGCGCGAAGCAAAUCGACUACGACACGGCGAAACAUAAUGUCGAGAAGUGUGAGAAGGCGCUCGGGCGGCUGGCCACCGACAAAAGCAACCACGCAAAAGAAGCGCAGGAAAGGGAGCGGGAGCUGGAAAACUGCACGGAAAUCAGACGUAUGAAUUGCAAAAGUAUCGCAUUCGUAUAAAUGCAUUACAAAUUUUUGCAUGAUAAAUAAAAUUUGCAAUGCUGUUAAGAAAAAUAUUUGUAAUGCAAGACUUGCAUUUUGUCGAGUGCGAUACUUUUGCACAGGAUAAGACGGCAAACGGAGCACCAUAUCGCCUCCAUCCAGGAAGGGUUGCAAAUGAUGGAGGGGUGUCAAAUGUAAAAAUGUCUGGGUCUGGAAGAAUGCGCGAUUUGUCAUGCAGCUUUUCCAUGACCCACGAAGGAGGCUUGGAAUGCAGGACCUAGCAUGACAGAUUCUGUGCGAUCUCUCUCAUGCCUAUCCUGCAUGAGAAACCCCCUCCCGACUUGGUCAAAACUGGACGACUUUUGGUAAUCACGCAAGAACACAGAUUGUUGUAUGCUUCAGAUUUAGCAUGACAAGUUGCAUUCUUCCAGACCCAGACACUCCUCCAUUUGAUAAGGGGCAGAAGCAAGUGGUCUUAAACGCGAUGAAAAACAUGGAUAUCACUAGGAAUAAACACCCAUCCGCACCAUCCAAUUUGAUGUCAUGAAAAUCAUGCAUCAAAUCCAAUGUUUCUUUGUUAUGCAAAAAAUAAUGGAUGGCGAUGGGUGUUUUUUCCUGGAUACUCAAGGAAACGAUGUUUACCGCCGAGGAAAGGAGGGCGUACGACCAGACGUUUGAACAGGCGGCCGCGAACACCAAGGGACUGACCACGAAAAUCAAAGCCGCUUUCGAAGAGGUAGACGCUUUGGAGAAAAAGCUCGCGAAUAAGCGGGCGGAAGUGGUCGACAAAAAGGAGGCUUCGACGCGGAUUGACACCAAGAUUAAGCAAGUAGACACGGAGCUGAAAACAAGCCGCUAUCACCUGGACGAAGCGAUGGCACAAAGAGACAAGUGCACGGUAUUUAUAAAUGUUGUAGACGGAAGUAGAUGUAGAUGUAGAUUCAAGAGGUGAUGAAGAUGAAUUCCUUCGUAGUCCUCGACAAGCCGACUCUAUUGUUUGGAGCCCUACUUCUCAAGUUAGUUUGUCUGCUUCAAAACUUCAUGAAACAACUCGAGGUAUAAAGAAAAAAGAAUUACAGGACGACCUGGAGAACCUCCAGCCGGGCCUGGAGGCCCUGUCCGCCACUUUAAAAGAAAAGCAAGUCGAACUGGACAAAAUGGAUGAGAACGAGCAAGCGGAUACCCUCAGUAAAAACCUUCCACAACGGACCCGAGGGUCAAGUAGAUUUUUGCAGUUCUGCAAGACAUCUUUUUUUUAUAUAGGAUUCACGCAUGAAAAGCUUCUAGGUUAUACAGUGUACUACUAGCCUAGCUAGUGGUCCAGAUACGGCGUCGUGAUGAACGGAGUCACUUAGCGCACGAAAGAAUCGAAAUCCCAACCACGAUGAGAAACCGCCUGUUAUGUAGAGCAGCGUGAGAGAUUGCAUUGACGAGGUGAUGCCCUCGGCAACAGCAUUCAAAUACGCAUGGCAACUCUGGGUCGGGAUGUUUUUACUCAGGUGGAUAGAAGACAUGGAAGUGCGCCGCGACGAGCGGGACGAAGACGUGCAGCUCAAGUGCGUCAAGAACAUGAUAACCCGCUUAUCCUGAGUAAAAACGUACCCACACCAUAGUCAAGAUGGGGAAUCGGCUAGACAAAUCCACAAGUUUUGGCUGUUUUGCAUGACAAAUUUGGAUUCGUAGUGUAGUGCUGUUUGAGCUAGCUCAGCAGCAUCACAGAUCUAGCAUACCGUGCUGAUUGGAGCAUGACAAAUUGCAAAACACGAUUGGAAAAUGCUUCUCAUGGGGCUCCGCAUGAGAAACAUUUUCAGCAUGCAGAUUUGCAUACACAACUAUGGGGUGGGUACGUUUUUACUCAGGAUACCGCUUCCCCGGGAAGGUUUUCGGUCGUGUGUCAGACCUGUGUAAACCGACGAUGCAUCAGUUCAAAACCGCCGUUACCAUGUCAAUUGGGCCCAAGAGAUGCCAGGCGGUUGUGGUGCAGGACAAAACCACCGGGAGGAAGUGCAUGGAAUUUAUGAAAGCCUCAGGUUGGAAAUCCUCAAAGUGGAAAUAAUUUGUAAUGCAAAAAAACGACUCCAGGCGAAGCGCCAUUUCUAGUCGGCGCAUGACAAAUUUCCCGGGCACUCAAAACGUGUCUGUCAUGCUAGUUAGGCAAAGGGGUGCCCUUCUGUCGUGCCAAUCCGCAGCCCAAUUCUUCACCCCUAGCAGGACAAUAGUCGGCCUCCAUUGUGUCCUCUGCAAUACAGUCUUUUUUGCCUUGCAUUUCAUGCAUCACAGAUUAUUUCCACUUUGAGGAUUUCCAUUCUGAGGCUUUCAUAGAAUUUGUGCGCCAGCAGGGUCUUAGUCCGAUGACGUUUUUGCCUGUUGUAUCAUUUGUAAAAACGUCCCCACACCAUAGUUGUAAUGCAGAUUUGCAAAGACAGAGAGACUUGUAAUGCGCAUCACCUUGAGAGCCAUUUCCAAUCCUGUUUUGGAAUUUGGGAUGCUGUGAACAGGAUGAGCCGAUGAAUCUGUGAUGCGGCUGCACUUGCUAACCUGCACUACACUGCAGAGCUCAACUUGUCAUGCGUGACUCACAAAACUCCUAGGUUUGUGUUGCAAAAUCCCCAUCCUGACUCUGGUGUGGGUACGUUUUUACCCAGGAUAUGUUGAGGGAAUGAACCUCGAAACACUGAUUCCCGUGGACAAGGUCAAGCGGGUGAAGGACUGCAAGCCCACACUGGACUGCGUAUGCAUUUUUGCGAAUGUGUCUGGGUCUGAAAUUUAUCACACUGGUCUGACAGGAAGACUGUAGAGGUACACAGAGAUAGUGAUGCAUGUCUACGAAAUAAAGGCUCUUUCUUUUGUCGUGAACAACUUCUCAUGCUUGGCUCCUGUGCUGGGUUCAUAGCAUUGCAGUUUAUUGUAGUUCACAGCUUAGCAUGAAAAGGAAAUACCCAGGAAACAUGUUUGCACUGAAUAUUGUGUGGUCCUGAAUGACAAGAAGUUCGAACCAGUAUUUCGUUAUCUGCUCCACAAUGCGGUCAUCUGUGACACCUUGGACCUGGCGCGGCGGGUGGCGUUCGAGAACCUCAAGAAGGCGGGGCUGAAGGGAAGCAUUAACAUCACCUGCCUGAAUGGCACGCAGAUUAACCAACGCUAUCCUGAGUAAAAACGUACCCACACCAGAGUCAGGAUGAGGAUUUAGCAACACAAACCUAGGAGUUUUGUGAGUCACGCAUGACAAAUUGCAGGCUGUAUUGUAGUGCAGUUUAGCAAGGGAAGUCGCAUUACAAAUCCCUCUGCUCAUCCUGUUCACAGCAUGACAAAUUCCAAAACACGAUUGGAAAUGGCUCUCAUGGGGAUGCGCAUUACAAGUCUUCCUGUCUUUGCAAAUCUGCAUUACAACUCUGGUGUGGGUACGUUUUUACUCAGGAUAAACGCGGAAAUGUCGUCAUAGACAUUCGGAUAUGCAUUGCAAAAGUAUGCAAUGUAAAUUUCCUGUACAAACAUGUACAAAAUGCAUGACAAAUUUCGCUACCUUGCAGAGUCCAACUUGUCAUGCUGGAGUAGGAUUGAAGGCAAGUUUUGUCAUGCAGAGACUGCAUUUGUACCUGUACGGGAAAUUUACUGUGGAUAAAAAGUAUCGUAAUCGUACUAAUUGCAUUUAUGCAUUUACAAAUCUUUCUGUUAAGGCAAAUCCGCAUCACAAAUUUAUUAAUUUGGAAUGCUAAGCCAAUUUGUAAUGCAGUUUAUACUAGUACGAUGCUUUUGCAUUGGAUAUCGGGCCACGCAAGCAAGUAAGCGCGUGGUCUACAACGAAAUGGAGCUGAAGCACAAGGCGGACGAGCGCGCCGCGUUGAGGAAGGCUCAACUAGCCCUGCAGGAGCAGAUCCGCGAGAUGCGCGACAAGGAGCGACACGCGCGAGAGGUCAGGGACAAGGCGGAGGCCAUGAUUCAGGAGGUGGACGCGCGACACAACACCAAUCUCCGUGCGCUGGAAGAAAUGCAGAAGCAACACCAGCCCGCGCUGCUAGGCUUGAACAGCGCCCAGACGGAAGUGGACAAUUUGAAAAACACAAUUGCAGACAAGAACACCGCGCGCAAAAAUCUCGAGGAUCAGCAGAAGAACAGUAACAAAAAGCUGUGGGAGGAAUGCUCUAAGCAGUUGGGAAAGAAAACGGCAGCGGGCGUCGUCGACGUGGUGCAAUAUAAACGUGAAAAGGACGACCAAAUUGGGAAGUGGAAGCAGGACCUGGCGAAACUAGAAGAUGGGCAGAAGGACUUCUCCAAUGAGAAGCAGCAACUGUAUGAAAAGUGAGAAGUACCCCCAUCCCUACCCCAAAGCUUUCAUUCAAAUAUGUUUCUGUUUGCGUUCUUGCAGCAAACAAUUUUUUGUUGUUGCGCAUCCAGGUUUCGGCGAUGAAAACGUUUAUUUCUACUUCAUCAGAUUCAUUCUAACUGCGCGAACAAGCUCCUACGUGGCGCGCCUCCCUUGUCCUGAGAUCGCCUUUCGCAACACAGAUUCGCGCUACUCUGGCUUGCGCGUUCGUAAUUCUGCUACAUGCAAGGCCGCGAAUUUUUUCGUUGGGGGCCUUUGUAAUGCAGACACUUGGCCUUUAACUUUAUUCUGGGGCGGGGGCAUUUCUCAUUUCGAUAAACAGGACCAGAAGCUGAUGACACUGAACGUCGACAAACUGAAGCAGCUACGGAAGAAAAAAUAAACACCUAUGUAGGUGUAAGUCUGCAAUGCAAGGCAUUCAUAUUCAACAGAGCUACACUUGUCGUGCUACCUAUUUAUCACAGGCACAGUGCCUUGUAGUUUUCAUAAAUGUGUUUUUUGUUUUUCGUACUAACUGCGCAUGACAGGCUUCGGCUUUCUCGUUCAUGCAGAGCAAUUUUUUUCGUCAUGGUGCUGUCCUCUACUUCAUGAAAAAAAACUAGCACCAACACGUGUUUUUUUCCUUGGAUAGCUGCAGAUGGAGUCCGCGCAGCAGAAAUUCGAUCAGGCGGCAACCAUAUGAAAUGCAAAAGCGUCGUACUAGUAUAAAUCGCAGGACAAAUUUCCUCAGCAUUAGAAAUGAAAUUUGUAAUAUAACAGGCUCAGAUGUCUAAUUCAGCGAAUUCCAAAAAAAAACAUUUAGGUCGUGGAAACGCGUUGCGUUUUCAAUGCUGAUUCCCCCAGUAAGCUGAUACAAACUGGCUACCUCAUAGCUGGAUAACUGUCUUGCCAGCCGCAAGGCAACCACCUCCCUGCGAUCUAGCUGACACCACAGCUGGAAUGGUUCCAAGCAUCCCUUUGGAGUUGACAUAGUGCCUGCUGUCGCGGUCUUUGUCUUUUUUUUGGCUUCUGCUUUCUUUUUUGUCGUACUGCUUUGGAGGAAGCUGCUCGAUGAGCAGGGGCGCCAACUACGCCAAGGGGCGAAGCGCGCACGACAGCCAUCUACUUCGUUUCUGCAAUGGUCUUCGGCGCCUCUGCGACUUCUGCACCCCCUGCGGAGGAAAUGUCGUCCCUCAUUGUAAGGUUGCCGCGCUUUUGUUGGAGAUUGUUUUCUUCAUCUCGUGCAGCUUUCGUGAAAAUUGCACAACGUAAGGAGCUUCGAUCUACACCAUAAGAAAGCGAAAGCUCACCACGGGCGACUGAUUCCGCUCCAAAGGGAUCUUCGGGGCCUCUGAGACUGCAAAGACCCUUCUCCAGAAGAAAUGGCCGGCGGGGCCAGUCAGAUGGCUGCCUUUCUAGGUAGACAGGACGUUGGGCGCUGGCUCGAAAUGUACCAAAAGGCACCACUGCCGAACGGCCCGACUUAUGGGUCUGCUUUUCCCCACCCCUUUUGUGACCCCCAUGAUUUUCGCAAAGCUAGACCGGAAAAGUGGCUCCGUGCCGUUCUGAUUAGGCUCAUAAAGGGGCCACCCGUUUUGAGCACGAAAUGGCUUCGCUUUGUUCCAUUUUCGGCAACCCCCUCCUCUACCCAUGAUUUUCGCAAAGCUAGCCCGGAAAAUUGGAAGCGUGCCGCCGUGGUUAGCCUCAUAAAGAGGUCACCAAAAUGCCGCCGCUUGGUGGAUGAGCUGUGAUUUUCGCAAACCUAGACCAAUUUUUGAACAGCAUAGCAUCGAGGAAAGUUUCAGAAAUGUGACGCCAUUUCGGCCAGGGACUCAGGCCAGUGCCCGGACGCUUGCGGAGACGCGAUCUCUGGGCAAGUUUUCGCCCGAUUUUGCAAUACGAACAUGCCUGAGCCGAGUGCUGGCAGCGCAGGCGAAGUGCGUGGCUAAUGCGCUGAAUCGCGGCCAAGCACGACAAAAAGAACACCGGAAAGCGCACGGAAAGCAGCGGCCCUUGCUCCAGAGGGCACCUCUUGGGCCUCGAGACUCCAGUGGCAGCUUUGGAACAGGGGCAGCAACUUGCCGCACGCUUUUGCUCCUUUGUCCGGUUCGUUGCCUUUUUUUGUCGUGCAGUUCUUAAGAAAUCUGCAGGACAAACAAACGUCGAGAAUCCAAAAGGACGAGGCUGCCGGGAAAUUGUGGGGCAAUUGCACAGAUCCAUUAGGCGGCUUCCAGGCUGUGCGCAAACUAGUGCAAAGCCGGGCCUUGCGAGGGGCCAACUGGCUCAGUCCGAUGUUUCCGUGACCUAAACAAUUUUUUUUGAAAUUCGUUGAAUUAGACAUCUGAGCCUGUUAUAUGUAAUGCAGGUUUGCUUUAGGAAAGACAAGAGAUUUGUGAUGCAUGACUCCUGCGAUUAGGAUUACUACAAGUACGAUGCUUAUGCACAGGAUAAACCAAGUACACAGAAAGGGAGAAGGAGUUGCUCGUUCUGAAGCAGUAUCAACUGCAAAUAUGUCUGGGUCUGGGAGAUUGCGAGAUUUGUCAUGCUAGUCCGGCAUGACUCUGAAAUCUGUAUUGCGUGGCCGUCAAGAAGAGCUCCUCUUGUCUGUCAUGCAAAAACGCAGUUUCUCAUGCGGAGUACGUAACUCAAAACCGAGGAGAAACUUGUCAUUCCGAGCAGCGCACUAUCACUAAGUACAGUGCGCUCACUAUCCUCUUUCUUGCAUCACAAGUUUCCAGACCCAGACAUAUUUGCAUAGCAUAAGCAGAAAGAAACCGACCAGCUGACAGAAAAGCAGGACAUCGAGGAAAAGAAAAACGUGGCCUACGAGGAAAAAGAGGCAAUGAAAAAGGUAUCCUGUGCAAAAGUAUCGUACUAGUAGAAAUCGCAUGACAAAUUUGCGUAGCAUGACAAAUGGAAUUUCUAAUGCAGAUUUACCUCAGGAAGCAGAUUUGUAGUGCAUGAUUGCUUGCAAUUAGUAAGUACGAGUGCGAUACUUUUGCAAAACAUAAAAGGAAACGAAAGAAGCAACGACGUUGAAGGACAAGAUUCGAGAGGCUGCUGGCAAGUACUUCUCUUCCUUGUCAUUUCCUCACGAUGAUCUUCGGUUGAUUUUUCUGGAUCUCCUCGCAUUAGUACGGUACCUGGACGUAUUAAAAAAUCUCGUCUUGGCAUCCUGCUACUCAAUUUCCUCAGUCAAUUAUAUCAUCGACGUACUACUAGUCAACAGACGAGGAAUGAUGCUCUUGUUGCUGUUUAUGUUCAUCCCGUUGAUUGUUGAAAAAAGUCAAAGUGCAAACUAGAUCUUUCCUUCGUUUGAGUGUACUCAGACUCCUAAUAAUCUCAAAUUACAUAUGAUAUCAAGAAAAAGAAAAGCCCUCGCGGCAUGAUCUAAUAUAACAGAGCCGCCAACGAGAAGAAAAAAACCGAGAUAUCCUAUGGAAAAACGUCCCCAGCGCCCCAUAGUCAAGAUGGAAAAUCGGCUAGACAAAUCCACAAACUUUGGCUGUUUUGCAGGACAAAUUUGGACUCGUAGUGUAGCUAGUGUAGUUGCAGGUACUCCAGCAGCGUCUCAGAUUUGGUCCAUCAUGCUGAUUGGAGCAUGACAAAUUCCAAAACACUACUAGAAGGCGCUUCUCUCAGGGCUCCGCAUGAGAAACAUUCUCAGCAUGCAGAUUUGCAUUACAGCUAUGGGGUGGGGACGUUUUUCAAUACGAUACGAGAAGAAGGCGCUUGACAUGGUCGGCGAGUUCAUUAAAGAUGGGAUCGAGGUUCCAGUAAAACCGUUCCCGCCAGUAGUGUAUGCAUUGCAAAACCAUUGUACUAGUAUAAGUCGCAAUACAAAUAUUGCCAAGAGAAAAAAUGCGAUUUGUAGUGUUGUUUUCCCAUAAGCCAUAGAUCUGUCAUGCAUGCCUGCGAUUCGUACGAGUACGAUGCUUUUGCAUUGGAUAUAGUGCUUUCCAGCGACGAUCAAGCCGAGGUGGAAGAUGGUGGCGAGGUAGAGAAUGCGGGCGACAAGACGCAGGACGGCGAAGUGCGGGUAAAGGAGGAGCUGGAGGAAGACGCGGGCGGGGAGGAAGGCAGCACGACGAACAACAAGAAAGCUGCGGCAAAGAAAAAAGCUGCAGCCAAAGCGAAAUCGAAGGCCGCGGGGACAAAGGCUGCGGCUCCGAAGUCAAAAGCCGCCGCGGCGAAGCCCAAAACUGCUAUGAAAAAAGCGGCGGGAGGAGCAGGGGGUGACAACGAUAAGAAGAUGAAAAUGAAAAUGAAGAAGAAGGAAACGCUACUUCCAGCAGAAGAGGAAGACGACGAGGACGAAGAGGAUGAGGACGACGAGCAACAGGCCGAGGAUGCGGGCGAAAACGAAAACGCAGAGGAAAACAACGAGAAAAGAAAGUCCGAGUCCAGCGAACUUGAGAACAAGGAGCCCGCAGACCCGAAUUCCUUCAGCGCUAUCUACACGAGGUUUCUGGAUGAGCAGGAGACUGGGGACGUCGCGGAGGCGUUGACCUUCGAAAAGAUCGAGCAACUUUUCAACUUCGAUUUCGACCGCCUUCCCCCACAGCACCGGCCCUCCGCGGCCGAGGUGGGAGAAGUGGACUACGUCGAAGUGGGUACCAUUUUCCAGCAGAACAUGCAAGAAAUUCAGGGACUGAAAAAGGACUUGGAGGAGUUCGACAACCCAAAGAGGCUGCUCCGCGCGCUGGAAAAGAAGCACCAGGCCAAGGCCGAUGUGGAGACCAAGGCGGAGGACGCGGCCCUGGCCCGGAAGGAGACCAACGGCUUCGAGAUCAAAUACAACGAGGUGAAAGAGAUGCGGAAAAAGAAAUUCAUGGCCUGCUUCGACGUCGUGAAGGACAAACUGGACAUGAUCUACUAUCAAAUGUAAAAAUGUCUGGGUCUGGAACAAAACAACUUGUCAUGCUAAAUGUGAACCAUGUAAAAAUCUGUGUUGCAUGACCACCAAAAGUUGUCCAGAUUUGUCCUAAUCGAGAGGCAUUUUCUCAUGCAGGAUAGGCAUGAUAGAACUCUCACAGAAUCUGUCAUGCUAUGUCCUUCAUACCAGACCUCACGGGUCACGAAAAACCUGCACGACAAGUCUGGCACUCUUCCAGACCCAGACAUUUUUGCAGUUGAUAUCUACAAGGAGCUCACCAGUACGGACGACCUGGAAGGCGGCGCGGCUUAUUUAGACAUCGAGUGCCCGGACGCACCCUUCGAAGGGGGGAUCAAGUAAUGUUUAUAUGGACGAGAGCAUUUUAUUUUUGGUUCAUUAAAUAAGGCUGCUCUUGUUCAACAUGGUCUGGAGUUGCUCCACUUAGGAGUAUUAAAGAGCCAAGACCAGCACGCAACCUCUUCUCACAAAAAACGCUUCUGCAGGUACACCACCAUGCCACCGGCCAAGCGGUUUCGCGACAUGCACCUGCUUUCUGGUGGCGAGAAGACCCUCGCCGCCCUCGCCCUCUGCUUCGCCGUGCACUACUACCAGAAGCCCCCGUUUAUCAUCCUGGACGAGGUUGAUGCCCCCCUCGACAGCUACAACGUGCGGUCGGUGAGAAGAUACCUGUCGCGGGCGAAGUUUCAGUCCAUCGUGAUUUCGCUCAAAGUAUGCACUACAAAGUAUCGUACUCGUAUCAAUGCAUUACAAAUUUCCUCUGCAUGUUGAGAAAUAAAAUUUGUAACGCUGAUCUACCUCAAGAAAAAGACUUGUAAUGCAUGAUUGCAAUAGCAGUGCGAUACUUUUGCACAGGAUACAAAGACGAGCUGUUCUGCCAGUCCGACGGGCUCUUCGGGGUGUUCAAGGACCAGGUGAAGGAGUAUGAGAGCGCACCACUCCGCUUCGCCCUCAUUUGUCAUGCAAAAUCCGAUAUCCAGUUGCUGCAGUGCGGCACUGCUUGCAUGACAAAUUUCGGAAGCCCUGACCGCACUACAUUUGUAAUGCACACCAGUCUGCACAUGUCUGUGCUCGUGUAUUGCUGCUCAUGCCAGACAAAUGAGUGGGAGUGGGUGGUGGAGUUAUGCAUUGUCAUAAGGAGCAAAGCGGCACACUUUCCACGCGGGCGUUCCGGAUGGCUUUGGCGAGCAAACAGGCGAAGCCACCAGCGGGGGCAAUGAGAAGUUUCGGCGGGGGGUCGUUUGGCGUGCAGCUGAAUAAGGGAAUUGGUGGUGGGACGGCUGACCCUCCUGCUGCUGGAACUAACAUUGCAGCAGGCAGGAAGCUGCUGUUCGACUGAAAUGAAGCCAACGCACCUCCUCCUUGGCGAGGAGGCUACUUCAUAUUGAUUUUUUCUUUUUUUUCGCAACCAAAAAUACUACGCAUUAUAAUUACCAACAAAGCAGUUGAGCAACAAGUAUAUUGACUUCUCUAUCUUCACGAUGACGAAGAGUCAGAGCUUAAGUGCCGAUCGAGAACGAGAACUGAAGACAUACCUCCUUGUCCUUACCGAACAAUCGACAUGAUCGGUAUACAGUUGUUGACUCUGAAGCAUUGCUGAGUCGGGCCGAAGUGCCGUCAAAGGUCAUCCUAUUGCCAUUCUACAACCUGCCGCUCGAAAAUGUUGGAUGCGAACACCAUGCAAGAGAACUCCAUUUGUUCGCUCAGAUGGGCAUGGCCUCC